AUGCAAUUAAAUAGCGAAGAAGCGGUGGAUACUAGCGAAGCGCUAAAGCGCCAUGACAUGUCUUUCAGUUUUGAUAAACAUUUCGUCGGAUUUAACCCCGAAUAUCCCACUGAAAACGGAAAAGAAACUGACGCUGAACAAACGACAGAGAAAUCUGUAAACCACGACUUUGUGCAAUACAUUCUAGAAAGAGAUGCUGCACGAGACCGUCUCAAAGCAAAAGAACUGGAACUCGCAAAAGCGCACGGAAAAAAUUACGAAUUGCUGACAAAAAUUGAAGCCUUAGAAGAAGAGCUCAAACAAUUAAAAAGCAAGACCGUAGUGGGACAAACGAGCGCAACUAAACCAAAGCCUAAAGGCAAGUUACCUCCGUUAAAGAACUCUAACGCCGCAGAAGCGAAGAAACCCACCCCAAAAAAUACCAAGACUCCAAGUAGCCAAGACUCGCCGUCGCACAGGCAUCCAAAAGUCUUUGGGAGAGAAAAACUCAGCACAGAUUCAUAUGCUUAUUAUAAUAUGCUGGCAGAGCACUUUCCAGGGUUGAGCUUGUCUUUAAUUUUGGAUGCUGAAAAAAGAUUCACUUCGGCUGACACAAAUGGAGACCAAGUGAUUGACCUCUCGGAAAUGGACAAUAUUCUCACGGCAAAUAACAUGAUGUUUACCAAAAAACAACUUGAAGAAAUCUUAGAAAGCAUAGACACGGAUAAAAACGGCUACCUGGAUUUUCUUGAAGUUCUAACGGUUAUUGAAAGGUUAAGUAGUAACAAAAGAUCGAAGCUUUCUCCCCACUUGCAAACGGCAACCAAAUCUGCUACAUGCUCCAUACAAUAG